GAAUUUCUUGCACCUGAGCUAAUUGCUGUGGCAAUGCAUCCACCUAUAAAAUUACAGAGCAGCACACCCAGGGGCCCAGCAUCUAUUGCCAACUCUCAGCAGCUCUCCUUCUCUGCUCUGAGGACCAGCCUAUCCUGCCAUUUCCUGGGCCCAUCUUGGACAUCGGCUACAAUGGCAGCCCUUACAGACUUCUCUUUUAUGUACCGCUGGUUCAAAAAUUGCAACCUGGUUCGAAACCUCUCAGAGAAGUAUGUCUUCAUUACUGGCUGUGACUCUGGCUUUGGAAACCUGUUGGCCAGACAGCUGGUGGACAGGGGUAUGAAAGUGCUUGCUGCUUGCCUCACUGUGGAGGGGGCCCAGAAGCUCCAGCAGGAUACCUCCUGCCAGCUGCAGACCAUCCUCCUGGAUGUCACCAAGACCGAGAGCAUCAAGGCAGCAGCCCAGUGGGUGAGGGACCAAGUGGGCGACCAAGGCCUCUGGGCCCUCGUGAACAAUGCUGGUAUAGCCCUGCCCAGUGGUCCCAAUGAAUGGCUGACCAAGGAAGACUUCGUGAAAGUGAUUAAUGUGAAUCUGGUGGGGCUGAUUGAAGUCACCCUGAACAUGCUGCCUAUGGUGAAGAAAGCCCGUGGCAGGGUGGUCAACAUGUCCAGUUCUGGUGGCCGUGUGGCCGUCAUUGGUGGUGGCUACUGUGUUUCCAAGUUUGGUGUUGAAGCCUUCUCUGAUAGCAUCAGGCGCGAGCUCCAUUUCUUUGGGGUGAAGGUCUGCAUCAUCGAGCCAGGGAACUACAAGACAUCCAUUCUGGGCCAAGAAGCUCUGCAAUCACGCAUGAAGAAGCUGUGGGAUCGGCUACCACAGGAGACCAGGGACAGCUACGGAGAGGACUAUUACAGAGAAUAUACUGAAAAGUUGGUUAACUUGAUGGACAAGGCACAUACGAGAAUCAGCGAUGUCACCAACAGUAUGGAGCAUGCUAUUGUCUCCAGGUGCCCCCGAACUCGCUACAACCCUGGUCUGGAUGUCAAGUUCCUCUACAUCCCCCUGGCUAAGUUGCCCACCUGUGUGACAGAUUUCAUCCUAAGCAGAUACUUGCCAAGGCCAGCAGACUGUAUUUGAACUGAGGAGUUCAAGGGGUGGCCAGAGGGGCUCAGGGGAGCGAGCAAGAAAGCUAUGGAAUCACAAGAGGCAUUAUUAAAUAUCUCGUGGGCGAGGACACCUGCUCACCUGCCACCCACCGCAGGCUGCGUCUCCUCCCCUCCGCCGGGGCCUCUAGAAACCUGAUGCCUCCCCUCUUGAUUUAGAGCUGCUGCAAAGGCUUCAAGUCAUCCCACCACGCAGGUACAAGUGGCCCUGAAAGGCCAAGGAGAGAAAAGCUGACUCCUGUUGAACAAGAAGCCGCUGCCACCUCUGUAAAACACCAUGGGGCGAUCUAGCCGUGGGAGUCUCAGCCCCUCCCCACAGCCCUCUAAAUAGGCACUGGUUUGUAAAUAUAUGAAACAUGUCAUAUGGUGGCCAGAACUGCCAAAGCAUAGCCAGAAAAUGUUUUAAAUACUUUCCUUUUCUUUGCAUUUUUCUACCUGGAGGAUAUUGGGAUCCAUAUAACACUCACUUCUUUAAGCACCAUUGAUUAAUGUUUCAAGUAUUUAUUGAGUACUUCCUACCUACCAGGUACUGAAGCUCUGGGGGUAUAGGAGGAAGAGGAGGAAAUAAUGAUCUUGGUUUUUUUUAUUGUUUAUCCUUUGUUUUUAUUUUAUUACAAUAGCUAGCAGCAGAGCUAGGACAACAAUAGAAGAGACAGAAACCAGAAAAUGAGAAUUCGAAGGACCCUGGAGUUACAAGGCAGUAGUUCCCACACUUGGAAGUGUAUCAUCGUCACUCAGUUAAUUAAAAUGCAUGUGGAAGCUGGAAGGUGUCUCAGAGGUUAAGAACACUUGUCGCUCAGAGGAUAUGGGUUAGAUUCCCAAUAUCCUCAUGGUAUCACACAACCAUCCAUUAUUCCAGUUCCAGGGGAUCUGGUGCCCUUUUCUGACCUCCCCAGGUACCAAGCGUGUAUAUAGUGUGCAUACAUAUAUGCAGGCAAAGACACUUAUACAUAUAACAUAAAUAAAUCUUUAAAAAAAUACACAUGGAAGCUGGGCAUGGUAUCUCAUUCUGUAAUCCCAACACUUAUGGGGCUGAGGCAGGAUUGUUGUGAGUUCAAGGGAAGGAUAGAUUAUGAAAUGAGACACUGUCUCAAGAAACAAAUAAACCUCAGGAAACAAACAAAAACUUCCCAUGAACCCCAGUGUUAGAAAGUCUGAUUCAAUAGGCUUGAGGCAGAGCCCAGAACUAUGAACUGUGUACCAAGGACCUAAAUGCACCUAUGCACCUGGAGCUGCUGACAGUCCUGCAGGAGAAGCAGCCACUGUGCUCAGAGUGGGAAGUCAUUUACCCAAGAUCCUCAGCUUUGUUGGCAAGCAAAUAGAACUCACGUAUCCAGAUUUCUUUUUCCAGCUACAGAAGAUUAACUGUAACAUCUUCAAAUAAGUCAAUGAACUAAAUAACAUAUUUUUUAAAAAACAGCUAUGAACUUCUGGGUUCCAUGUGCUUUUGCUUUUUCUGAAAAGAAAAACAAAAUUUUUUUUUGAGAUACUGUGUAUCAAAUCGAGAGCCUGAGCAUUCUGGCCAAGCAUUCCACCACCCAGCUACAUCCCCAGCCCUCCGAUUUUCAGUUUACCUCACUAAGAGCUCGGUCUGGCCUUGAACUUGAUAUAACUUUCUUUAUUUUUUGUUUGUUUGUUAGUUAGUUUGUUUGUUUUUGAGACAGUUUGCUCUUUGUAAUAGCCCUGGCUGUCCUGGACUCAAUGUGUAGACCAGGCUGGCCUGGAACUUACAGAGAUCCACCUGCCUCUGCCUCCCCAAGUGCUGGAACUAAAGGCAUGUGGCACCACACCCAACUAUUCUAACAUUCAAUAUUGCCUCAAACUCAUGAUUCUCCUGCCUCUGCUCCCAGAGUGCUGUGAUUAUGGACAUGUGCCACCAGUCCAACAACAAUGAUUAACUGUAAUAAUCAUGACUCCUUAUGCA